GACACUUGACGCAUCGGAGUGAGGGAGCACACCGGAGCUUCACUUUCCAAAAUGCAACCUGCGAGACGCCACGCCGUCAGCUACUUGUACUACUGACACUGAGAGAGAGAAAGAGGAGCAGGAAUGGAGGUACAGUAGUGGAGCCGCGCAGAACAGCACAGAACAGCACAGCCCGUGAAUGUAGCGCUGCACUGAAGACAGAGCUGCCUCUUUGCGCACAAGUCUGACGGAUAUUUUUGGCCGGGAGCGUCGACAGUGAUGUCUGUGUGUGCAGAAUUUUGUUCAGUGACAAAAUACGGAUUAAUUUAAGGCUCUGAAUUCCCCGCGGACAUUACUGCUGUGAACAGGCUGGAAAACCAGAAAGGUGCAAAUCGGAUUCCAUACGUCUGUGAUUGGAUGUGAGACUACUUUGACCCUACAAAAUUGAAGAUGAUGUUGCUAUGGAAACUGCUGGUGCUGCAGUCACUUAUGGGGUGCCUUGCAGAGAGCAGCGUCCUGCAGAGUCCUGCUUUCACGAAGCAGCCCGGGAGCAUUGUGUAUCCUGUGGAGACCCUGGAGAGGAACAGGGAGGUGGUGUUCAGCUGUGAAGCCCAGGGAAGCCCGCCUCCAAUCUACCGGUGGAAACUGAAUGGCACAGAAAUCAUCCCCAAAUCUGGAUCUCACUACAGCCUUUCUGGAGGCAACCUCAGAAUCAGCCAUCUGAACAAAGACCAAGAUGCUGGAACGUAUCAGUGCCUCGCCUCCAACUCUUUCGGGACCAUUGUCAGCCGAGAGGCCAGUCUAACCUUUGCAUAUUUGGAAAACUUCAAGACUCACAAAAGAAGCUCUGUGUCUGUCCGUGAAGGUCAAGGAGUGGUUUUGCUGUGUGGCCCACCAUCACAUUCCGGAGAUCUGGUAUUUUCCUGGAUCUUUAAUGAGUACCCGACCUUUGUGAAGCAGGAUACUCGCCGCUUCAUCUCACAGGAGACGGGGAAUCUGUACAUUGCCAAAGUGGAGCCCUCGGAUGUUGGCAACUACACCUGUGUGGUGACCAACACCGUCACUAAGACCCGAGUCCAGGGUCCACCCACUCCGCUAGUGCUCCGUAGCGACGGUGUGAUGGGUGAAUAUGAACCAAAGAUUGAAGUUCAGUUUCCGGAGGUUGUUCAUGUUGCCAAAGGAUCCACUGUGAAGCUGGAAUGCUUCGCUCUGGGAAACCCGGUACCAUCCAUAAACUGGAGGAGAGUGGACAACGUUCCCUUCCCCAGGAAAGUGGACAUGAGGAAGGCCAGUGGCGUCUUGGAAAUCCCAUAUUUCCAACAGGAGGACGCUGGCACAUAUGAGUGUGUGGCCGAGAACUCCAGGGGAAUGAACAUGGUGAAAGGAAAGCUCUCUUUCUACGCCCCUCCUCAUCUCAUUGAGAAACCCCAAGAUGUCCAGAAGCUCAUUGAUGACUCGCUGGUGUGGGAGUGUAAAGCCACAGGGAAGCCGAAGCCGUCUUACAGGUGGAUGAAAAAUGGAGAGAACCUGGAGUCCGCAGAGGAGCGCAUACAGGUUGCCAGUGGAGCGUUGUCAAUCAGUCGCCUGACCCUGUCCGACACAGGAAUGUACCAGUGUGUGGCUGGGAAUAAGCACGGCGAGGUCUACUCCAAUGCAGAGCUCCGAGUUAUAGCCGUUGCCCCAGAUUUCUCUCACAACCAAGUGAGGAGCCAGACUCUGGUAAAGGUAGGAGGAGACGCGCUCAUCGAGUGCAAGCCCAAGAUGUCUCCUUGGGGUGUGGUCUCUUGGCGGAAGGGCAGCGAAGCACUUCAAGAAAGUAACAGGGUCUCCAUUCUGAGCAACGGUAACCUUCGGAUAUGGAAUGCAACCAAAUCUGAUGCAGGUCUCUACACCUGUGUGGCAAGAAACCAGUUUGGUGUGGCAAGCAGCACAGGAAGCAUCACAGUUAAAGAGCCAACCAUCAUAACCACCCAGCCAACCACACUGGAUGUCACCGUGGGGGAGAGUGUGGUCCUGCCCUGUCAAGUGAGCCAUGACCCAUCUCUGGAGCUCAAAUUCACCUGGUUCUUCAACGAGCAGCUCAUCCACUUUGGGAGUCACGGUGGAUUUUUUGAAAAAGUGGGAGGCCAGCAUUCGGCAGGAGACAUUAUGAUUCGAAAUAUCCAGCUGAGGCAUGCAGGGAAGUACACGUGUGCCGUACAAACUAAGGUGGACAGCAUUUCCAUUGCUGUUGACUUGGUUGUCAGGGGUCCCCCGGGGCCUCCCACCAGCAUCCAUGUAGAAGAAAUCACUGAUACCACAGCUUCUCUGUCCUGGAGGCCUGGUCCUGAUAAUCACAGUCCAAUUACAGCAUACACCAUCCAGGCCAGGACACCAUUUUCCCUCGGGUGGCAGGCUGUCACCACAGUUCCUGAGGUGGUGGGGGGCCACCAGCUGACAGCUACAGUAAUAGACCUGAGCCCUUGGGUGGAGUAUGAGUUUCGAGUCCUGGCAAGCAACACCAUCGGGACCGGCGAGCCCAGCAAGCCAUCUAAACAAGCAAGGACAAAGGGGACCUCUCCGAAGGUCACACCGGCUAAUGUGAGUGGAGGCGGUGGCAGUCGCUCCGAAUUAGUCAUCACAUGGGAGCCGGUUCCAGAAGAGCUGCAGAAUGGACCAGGUUUCGGCUACGUUGUGGCUUUUCGACCGCACGGCGCAACAGGAUGGAUGCAGGCUGCUGUACCAUCAGCUGAAGCGUCCAGAUACGUCUUUAAAAAUGAGAGUAUUCAGCCUUUCUCGCCUUUCCAUGUGAAGGUCGGGGUUUACAACAAUGAGGGGGAAGGGCCAUUUGGACCUGUCACCACUAUCUACUCUGCUGAGGAAGAGCCUGGCCGAGCGCCCACCAGGGUCCGUGCCAAGAGCCUCUCUGCAUCCGAGAUUGAAGUUUCGUGGAAGGCUUUGCCCUGGAAUGCCAGCAAAAAAAGAGUGCUGGGCUAUGAGCUGAGGUACUGGAGUAGAAGUGAGAGGGAAGACACAGCCAGUGUGCAAAGAACUGUAGGAAAUCAAACGUCUGCUAUUAUUCGCGGGGUGAAAGGCAGCACCACAUAUUACAUCUCAGUGAGGGCGUACAACACUGCUGGAACAGGGCCUCCCAGCUCCACCGUCAAUGUCACAACCAAAAAACCACCGCCCAGUCAGCCGCCAGUUAAAGUGAUGUGGAACACGUCAAACUCCAAGAUCAUACUGAACUGGGAGCAGGUCAAAGCCCUGGAGAAUGAGUCAGAGGUCACAGGCUACAAAGUGCUCUACAAGAAGAAUCGACACAGCCGGCCCAAUGUCAUGGAAACCAACACCACUUCUGUGGAGCUCGCCCUGCCCACUGAUGAGGAUUAUAUCAUCCAGAUAAAGCCAUUUGGAGAGGGAGGGGAAGGCAGCAGUAGCAGGCAGAUCACCAUCCCAAGGAUACCAGGCCCCAAUGCAGUCGGCUCAGCGUCCAAGGUCUCCACUCUGUCAGCCCUCAGUACAAUAGCACUGUCUUUCACAGCGCGGACAUCUUUAUGACAAACAGCUCCCAGCAGAUGUUGCAUUUGAUGUGCAGACAGCUCUAUGGUGGAACGCAAACACAGCCCACUCUGGUGUAACUAGAUCCAUUCAUUUAGAUUUUAGAGGCAGAAGGAAAAUGCUGACGAAAAAAAAAAAUGCGCCAUUGAGAUGACAGAGAAGGAGUCCCCUUCAGCACCCAGGCUAAGUAAAGGAGAAUGACCGAUGUCGUGACUAUGUUGUUACCAAAGCAGCUUUCAUAAAAAAAUAAGUGAGUAAAAUAAAGAGAAAAAUGUCUUAUAUGCAUCUUUUUGUAUGACAUGUUGAGCUUUUAUAGAUUUUUUUUCCUAAUCAAUUUGAAGUGGGUCUGGGCUUAUGGGGGCAAGAACAAUUAAGUGCAUGUCAAACAGCAUCAUCAAAUUUCCUGGUCUGAAGGUUAAGAAUGUGAUUUGACUGCACACCUUUUGUCUUCUAAAAUAAUAUAGUACUUGUGAUUUUGAUUCUAACAGGCCAGAGAUGGUUUUUCCUUCUUCAAGUGAAUGAACUUAACUGUUAUCUGUUACAUCUCUGCAUUUCUGUUUCAAUGAUAGUUCAAAAAUAUUUCAUUCAGAGGACUACAUGGACAUGUUUGGUGUUUGUCACUGCUGGUCAUCUAGCCAAGUAGGCUACUGUAUGUGAAGAAAGGAUUAGCAUUCAAAAUCAUUCGACUCUUGACAGCACAUGCAAAUGCUUUACUAUAAGACUACUGGUAAAGUGUUGGCAUUUGCACACUGGACAAAGUAAGCCAGUUAAAGUUGAAAAAAACUCCUACAUUAUUAAUAGUUAUAUAAAAGGCUGGGAUUUAUACUCACAUACCUUCCCACGUACUUUGAAUUACAAGUCGUUAUAAUCAUUCCCCCUGUCCACACAGGCCCUUCAUGGCAUAACUACAGUGCUAAAUUGAGUGUCAAAAUCCACAGUCCUGCACAAAAAGGCUUACUAAAGUUCAGCCUAAUUUGUUUGCUAAAUGAGUUUGUUGUUUUGCAAAGUUUGUUUUUUUCAUAUGAAAUUCCCUUUUCUGUUUUUCCUAUAAAUGUUUCCUUGUUGAGGUGCACCAGAGGGCCACCUAUUGGCUUCUGCUUGAACUCUAGAACUUUGCACAUAAAGAGGACUUUAAAAGACACGAUAGUUGCACUCAAAGGGGAUUCCUUCAUGGCCAUUGGGGACAGACAGAAUGAUUCAAAUGACAAAUAACUUUCUGCAUACAGCAUGAAAACACAAAGAGGAAUCCUAACCUUAACAUGCUGGAUGCUAAGGUGUUAGCAUGCAAUGUUUUUUGAUGCUAAUCCUCUCUGGGAAGGUGAUCAAGAACUCCCAAAAGGUUGAUGAGGUCCACAAAGCCAACCAUGUGAUAGUUACUGAGCUUAUUACCAGAAGUUGCAUCAUGCUGUUUUGGAGAGCUUCUACCCUGGAUACUGGUGACUAGACCAGCCUUGUGGUUGUCUCAUGCUCCUCGUUCGUUCAGUUAGCCCUGUGUCUAGAGCUAUUCUUUGCCUUCUGUGUGCCUCAUCAUAUGUAAAAAAUCCUCAGGUCCUUGAAGAGCCUUAACUUAUCAUAUGUAUAUCAAAAACAUUAGAAACAUAGAACUAAGAAGCAGCUGCAGUGAUGUUUACAUGCUGCUGUGUUGAUAGUUACUGUAUGUGGUCAGGAUGGGUGUGUGGGUGGGGGUCCAGCAUCCUUUUUGCAAUUCCGAGGUUACUGAGGUUAGUUUGAAUGACAUACUGCUGUUUCACAUUGGAUAUUGGCAAUAUAACGAGGGCCUGGUGCAUUUUUAUAGGUGUGUAUUCUUAAUUAAAGACAAUGCUGCUGAUAUUUUCCUUUUCCCAUAGUGUCCUGAUGCCAUGUGGGAGUGCUGUGCUACAGAGGUACAGUGCAGUCUGUAUGUAGCUUGUAAUCCAGUUAAGUAGUUUGUACUUUGAAGGGAAGUGUACUCUAGGCUAUUGGGUCUUGCUCAGAAUCAUGCAUCAAGAAAUGUGUAAUAUAUUGUUUUGUACACUUCAAAUCAUUUAUAUAAAAGAACCUUUCUAAAGAGAUGAUUUACUCGGUUUUUAUGUAUGACUAUGUUUCACAGUGUAGCUAACUGUCGCUCAGCAUGACUGUGCUUUGUCCUCUUCUCUCCAUCUGCAAACCGACUGAAUGGCUUUAGAAACAUGCAAGGUUCAUGCAUCUGAUAGGUUUGUGUAAUUACUGUAUGUGUACCAUGAAAUCUGAACCAUGGUCAGCUCCAUGUCUAUGCUUCUGUCUCAGUCAGCCCCUCUGAAAUAUACUGGGUCUACUGUCCAUAUACGCUCUACACGAGGGUUUCUUCUGUUGUUGUUUGUUGUUUAUACUGUGUUAAUAAAGUUUAUUGAUUUAUAGGACAA